AUGUCAGGGCAAACAGCAGAUCCUUUGGCUAAUAUAUUAACAAGCAUCCGAUAUGAACUGAAAAAUGCAGACAUGUUGGGCUCUUACGCAGAGCGCACAAUCGAUUUUUUUAAUGCAGUAGAUUGGACUCAGCCUUGGUUAAUAUCAGUGAUGGCAUUUCAUAUCGUGUGCUUUCUAGUGACGCUAGGAUUGCGAAACAAACACGAUGCGCUCUCUGUUUAUUUCUUUGUAUUAUUGGGGUUAGCAGCAUUGACACAGCCUCUUAAUCAUCUCGGUAUUAAACAUUGGAAAUCCUUCGCAAAUGAACCAUAUUUCGAUGCAUCUGGUAUAUUUAUUGUUUCUGUAUAUUCGUUCCCAUUAAUUUUUAAUGGGUUUGUUACACUGAUAUUCAUUCUCAAAGCGACCAUUUCAGCACUGAUCAAUACAAAGAGAGCUCAAUUGAAGCAAAAGAUCAAGAGUUCCAAGCAGCAACAGAAGCGACAGAAAACAGAAUCCAAGAAGAUCAAGUAG